GUGAAAUGUGUAUUGAAAAUGAAAACAAUGUGAGCGGAAUUUCUUCAAAAAAGUAUUCUUUCAUGGAGAAUUUCAUUUGAUUUGUCUGGCUAUUGACACGCAAUGAAAUGACUUAAAUGUUAGGGAUUAAUGAAAAGUAUUUGCUUAUCUGAAACCAUUUUCUGCAACAAAGAUCUGACUGAGAGUGUGAGGGCAUUUUAGUAAAAAUUUUACAUGGCAACCAUUUCUUACAAAUUUGAAAUAUGAUUUUUGAGUGCACUAUUUGACUUAUUACAUUGUACGCUUUUUGUCAACUAUAGUGGAUUUAAAUUUUGUACAACAAAUAACAACGCUAAGUAAGGAUUAAGAAAUGACAGAGGCUGCUGCAAGGGGACCAAUGGUUCCUGUACCAGCUACAAUGCCAGAGUUGGCCUGGUAUGAAUUUGUGUUGAAUGAAAAACUACUGGAGGAGCAUUUGUCCCAAGAAAGCCCAGAACCAAGUCCAUUACAAUUAAUUGUUCAGUUUCUCCAAGAAGCUGAAAACCAAAUUGCUGCUAAUGGGCCCAGUAAUGAGCAGUCGCAGCAACAGCAACCAACUGGGCAGCCGGGUUCCUCGCCAACCCCUCCCCAGUCUCCAGGCUCACCUGUGGGCUCUGUUCAGUCCUCAUCACCACAACCCAUGGAUAUAGAUUUGAGAGUUGUAGAACCACCAGCUGUGGAGUUUACAUCAGAAAAACCAGUAACUCCCCCAUUACCUAGUGGGGACAACAAGAAGGUACGAUGUCUCAGACUUCUUGCACUCAAAGUGGCUGCUCAUCUCAAGUGGAACCUCACUACUCUUAUAAAAGGCUUACCUGUUACAAUGUUACACACGUUACUGACAGAGUUACUCAAGUCUACAAUGGAGAUGAGCCCAGAUGCUGCCAAAUACACUGAUCUACAUUUUGAUGUUCUCUCGGAGGAUGCAGUUUUUGCUGCGCAGCUCUAUCAUAGAUGGAGCAUUUUAACUCUAGUCAAGCACAGCUUUCCUGGCAAACCAGUGAAGAGUUUUAUGCAGGUCCAAGGCCAGUCAGAUCCUAUGACAACAAUGAUGCAGACAGAAUCUAUUAUUAAUAAUUUGCGGGAUAAGGCAGAUAUUUCAGUAGACAAUUUACAAAGAUGUAUUCAGUGUGGCAAGACAAUAAGAAUGCCUAGAAUAAACAGUAUUACAGUUCCAUCAGAGUAUCAAGAUAACCCUGUAUAUCAAUGGGAACUAGGGGUUGAGAUCAUUCCUGAAGAAUACAUAUGUCAGUUAUCAUAUGAUCUUGGAACCUACUUUUUCUAUAGAGAAUCUUAUCAUCAUGCACUAGAAAUGUUCAGGGAAACCAAAGAUCUCCUCAAACAUCUGGAUAGUCCCACCUACUGUCAGGUCAAAGAGCAAAGACUCAACGGUUACUACGUGGCAUGUAAGACGUUAAAAGAGUCAUCAGCCAAGCUGAGUGCCAAACCUGAAAGUUUAUACAGGCGAGCAGAAUCUGCCAGGAGAAAUGUUUUUAGGGGAUUGGUAGAUAUAUUGAUAGAAGAUAAUGUUAAGCAAGAGUUAAGUAAUGCAUAUAGAGCAAACAUUGAAGAUGAACUAGCAUCGAAAGAAAGCCUGACAUUUACAUUUAUACAAGUUAGUGUGUGCAAUGUUAUACGAGGUGUGAUGGAAGGAAAAGCCUUUGUGUCAAUCAUUGCUGAUAUUCUAGAAGAUGCAGAUAUAGCCACCAUAAAGUUCCUUGUCAAGGUUUUAGCAGUUGCCCUCAAUGGAGCCUCGUUUGUUCAGAAAACCAACCUUGUCACUUUCCUUUGGCAUGUUGCAGAAGCAGCACCACCACAUUCCCAUUUUAUCCCGAUGGUGUUACAGAGCGACAUUCGCAACCACUUCACAGGUUAUGAGUGUGACCAGAUGAGGAAGUUGGAGAACGGGAAUAAAGAUCAGAUGUCAUUUGGAACAAACCUUGACGAUCUUACUACAGUCGCUAGCAGUUAUCCCUCAAGCAGAGAUUCUUCAGUCACUCUGGUGAACGUGGAACAUCAGCUAAUGUUUAUGUACGAUGGCGAUGUUAUACACCAUCUGAUCAAUGAACUUAUUGUUAACCAACAGAAAACCCCUGCAUAUGUCAUGCAACUAAAUGAAAAGUGGAGGUUGCCAUUUGAGAUGUUGGAUAUAAUCAGAAAACUUCCACCUAGUCUGGAGCAAGCAUAUGCUUUUGUUUUGAUUGGGAAAGGGUGUCACUGUAUGGAGGUAAAGAUAUUUGAACGUGCCAGAAAUCUUCUGAUGGUAGCGGAUAAUGUUGUAUCUCAGCUGUCAUACACACUGUCCAAGCAUGUGCGCUGGCAAAUGAUGAUGGUGGAUCUGCAACAGUUCUUCCUGAAUGAGACAUUUAGUGAUAACAGCUCACUCCAAGACCUCAUCAAGAAAGUGAAGACGUGUAUAACAGCUGUAAGACUUGGUCAAGAUAUCCAGCCGAGCCCUGACGUGUUAGAGCACUGUUCUGCGUUCCUGCUAAACAUCCGAGAUUGGACUUACCUCAUGAAUAUGGAAAACACAAAUAGUGGCCAUAUUGAGGCAUGCAGACUUGUGUCUGGCUUACUGAAUGAACUCCCUUCAAUCAAAAAUGCCCGUAAACCAGCCAGGGAAUUAUGGGAAACAAUUGUAACUAUAUACAGUACGAAUGCUCAGCAUAAGCGUACAUCUAGUGGCCGUGACAGUGCAAUGUAUAGAGACUCACAACUUGGCAUCUUGCCAAGAGAUUUCUUCAAAUUGUUCCUGCAGAAGAUAAAGGAGCCAUUAGCACUUAGUGUUUUUAUAUCACUGAUGACAAAGUUCUACAAUAUUCUGAAGGAUGACAUUACAGUGGAGAUUUACAGUGACUACCUGGCAAUCUGGCCUUCAGCAUUACCAAAUACGAGUGGUAUACAUGUGGGAGCUGUAGAAGAACAUGUGUCAGUGUUGAUGCAGCAUGCCUUACAGAAAGAUCCCUCAAAUUCCUCCUGGCUCAGGACACAAGCUGAUCUCCUCUAUGCCAAUAACCAGUACUCUGCUGCAAUGAAGUUUUACAUGGAGGCUGGUAUAGUGUCAUCUGAGUUUUUCUCCAAUGCUGUACCAAAAAGUAUAUAUGAUGACAAUGUAUACAGAAAAAUGAUGAAAUGCUGCUCAUAUCUCCAGUGCCACACACAGGUAGCUGUACUAUGCCAGUUUUUGGAUGAGGUCGAUUAUUCCACUGCUUUCAAAGCUCUUCAGGAGAAAAACACAUACGAUGCCAUGGACUCGUACUAUGUGUGUAUCUGGGACAUCAGUAUUCUCGAGUACCUGGUCCAUCUGCACACCAAAAGAGGAGAAAUGGAGAAAAGACAGUCCGCAAUGCGUGCCCUUACCCAGCUAGAUCUGAACAGUAAUAACCCAGAGGAUAUCAUACAAAGAGCUGUACAGAUCCGUAAACGAAAAUUUCUACGAGCAAUUGCCAAGCAAUAUGUAUGAAUGGACCACUGCCAAACUGGAUAUCUGAAUGGACCAUAUGGUCCAUUGCUACACAGUACAUCUGAAUGGACCAUUGUUCAUUGAAAUAGCAACAAGCUUGUUUCUAAAAAGUACAAUGCAGCUUCUCUACCCAAGUUUUUGGGACACAAAAAAAAUAUUUUUUAAUUGUCCUAAGACUUACUUUCAAAACAAUAUGUGAAGAAAAGAUGUCUCAGAAUUUAGGGACAUCAGUUUUACCAUGGAUUGUUAGAAAGCUGAAAAACACCAGCUGUUGUCAUAUACCCCAAGAAUCAAAUUAGUACUUUUUAAACUAAAGAGUGAGCUGGGAAAGAAAAUAUGAGCUACACCAUGAGAAAACCAACAUAGUGCAUUUGCGAUCAGCAUGGAUCCAGACCAGCCUGCACAUCCAUGCAGUCUGGUCAGGAUCCAUGCUGUUCGCUAACAGUUUCUCUAAUUACAAUAGGCUUUGAAAGCUUUGGUCUGGAUCCAUGCUGGUCACAAAUGCACUAUGUUGGUUUUCUCAUGGCGCGGCUCAUAUUUGUAUUGUUACAAAGUGUCUCAUUAGAGAAGUCAUACAGUUACAGAAGGUUAUACAAUCUUCAUGUGUGUAUCACCACAGUGGAAAAUUCCUUCAAUCAAUUUUUGUGGAAUGUUGUCUCAGUGGACCAUUACUAGUGAAAAUUUCUGUGUGCAAUUGCAAAACAAUAAAUCAAAGUGGAAACUUGCUUAAUAGAAAGUCUGUAAAAUGAAACUGGCUAUAUGACCAAUGAUCAGCCUCUUUGAUUCAGUUUUGUUCAUAAACAGACUUUGGAAACAAUGCAAGAAGGUCACAGGUAAUUUCCAAAUGAUGGAAUUUAGAUGUUAUAAAUUUAAAUCAUUUGUGUGUGUAUAUAUAUCAAUGUCCGAAUAGUGUAAGAACCUUGUCCAAUGUUGUUUGUGUAUAGUUUCUUAUUGGUGUUCCAAUGUCAAGUGUUUCAGGUAGCAUCAGUAUUUGAUUUUCAGCUGUCUAUACAAAGGUGAUCAGUGUUUCAUUUAUCUUGGCAUAUUUGAGUCAAGGAUUUUAACUGAACAGACGAGGUUGCAUUUUUAAGACUGGUUUCCUGUUUUAAAACUGAGUUUGUAAACCAGUCUUGAACGCAACCUUGCCAUUGGUUAAUUUCUAAUUUUUGCUCAGAGACAACCAAUCAGAUGCCGGAGUUAGGAGACUGGUCUUCAAACUUGGUUUUAUUGCUUGCAGUUUGGUUUUGCAAAGGAAGUUGAUUCUAGAACCUGACAUAAAGCAUUAAGAAUUUAUUCUUUUUGUUUGGUAGAUGAAUUUUACAGUUUUGAAAUAUUUUGUUGUUACAUUCAUAAUAAUUAUCAAAAUAAUGCUUGAUCAAAAAUAAAGUUUGCAUUGAAUUUGCACCUCUUAUUAAAUACAACACAAAGGUU